UUUUUUUUUUUUUUUUUUUUUUUUUUUAAUCCCCGCACCAAGCGCUUAACCUCAUUGGGGUGGAGGAGAAGGCGGCGGCUCUCCCGUCCGCAGCGGCAAGAGUAGCGAAUAAUAUGACUAAUGGACUGCUGAAUUAUGAAGAAUUUCAGACCCAAUAGCAGAACCUCACUCGGCCACUCACUCCUUUAUCUCCUACUAGUUAUUUAAAUUGGACUUUUAAUAUCCUACCAGCUGCUCUUCAGACACACAUGGUGCAUUGUUGCCAUUCCCCGGAUUGCAUCUUUGAAACACAGACUCUUAGUAACUUUCAUCGAACAAAGAGGCAACCUCCCGGGUAUAUUUCCUGGGAGGGUGUCACCCUGACUGCCCUCUAGCUUCUGCUGGGUCUGGAUUUGCAUUCCACCAUGGAGCCUCGCAUGGAGUCCUGCCUGGCACAGGUGUUGCAGAAGGAUGUGGGGAAACGACUACAGGUUGGCCAAGAACUUAUAGACUAUUUCUCAGACAAACAGAAGUCUGCUGACCUUGAACAUGACCAGACCAUGUUAGAUAAACUUGUGGAUGGGCUUGCUACCUCUUGGGUGAACUCUAGCAAUUACAAGGUGGUUCUUCUCGGCAUGGACAUCCUGUCCGCACUGGUCACCCGGCUGCAGGACCGGUUCAAGGCACAGAUUGGCACAGUGCUGCCAAGUUUAAUAGACAGACUGGGAGACGCUAAAGACUCCGUGCGAGAGCAAGACCAGACUCUGCUGCUGAAGAUCAUGGAUCAAGCUGCUAAUCCCCAGUAUGUGUGGGACCGAAUGCUGGGAGGCUUCAAGCACAAGAAUUUCCGGACUCGGGAAGGCACGUGCCUCUGCCUUGUUGCCACACUCAAUGCCUCUGGAGCACAUACUUUAACACUAAGCAAGAUUGUGCCACAUAUAUGUAAUUUACUUGGAGAUCCAAACAGCCAGGUUCGAGACGCAGCAAUAAACAGCUUAGUGGAGAUUUACAGACACGUGGGAGAACGUGUGAGGGCAGACCUCAGUAAGAAAGGAUUGCCGCAGUCCCGGUUGAAUGUAAUUUUUACAAAAUUUGAUGAAGUCCAAAAAUCUGGAAACAUGAUACAGUCAGCAAACGAUAAAAAUUUUGAUGAUGAAGAUUCUGUGGAUGGUAAUAGACCUUCUUCUGCUAGUUCUACAUCAUCCAAAGCUCCGCCCAGCUCACGGAGAAAUGUUGGAAUGGGGACCACCCGCCGGCUUGGGUCAUCCACUCUGGGAUCCAAGUCUUCAGCUGCAAAAGAAGGAGCUGGUGCUGUUGAUGAAGAGGACUUUAUUAAAGCAUUUGAUGAUGUACCUGUUGUGCAGAUUUAUUCCAGCCGAGACCUUGAGGAAUCCAUAAACAAGAUUAGGGAAAUAUUAUCUGAUGACAAGCAUGAUUGGGAGCAAAGAGUAAAUGCUCUAAAAAAGAUAAGAUCUUUACUUUUGGCUGGUGCUGCUGAGUAUGAUAACUUCUUUCAACAUUUGCGUCUUUUGGAUGGAGCCUUUAAACUCUCUGCUAAGGACCUGCGGUCUCAGGUAGUGCGGGAGGCUUGUAUCACCUUGGGGCAUCUGUCAUCAGUUCUGGGAAAUAAGUUUGACCAUGGAGCUGAAGCCAUUAUGCCAACUAUCUUUAAUUUAAUUCCAAAUAGUGCCAAAAUUAUGGCCACUUCUGGUGUUGUAGCUGUUAGGUUAAUCAUUCGGCACACACACAUCCCUAGGCUAAUACCUGUCAUAACAAGCAACUGUACCUCUAAGUCUGUCGCAGUUAGAAGGCGCUGUUUUGAAUUUUUAGAUUUACUUUUACAAGAGUGGCAGACACAUUCACUGGAACGACAUAUAUCAGUAUUAGCCGAAACAAUAAAGAAGGGAAUACAUGAUGCGGAUUCUGAAGCAAGGAUAGAAGCCAGAAAGUGCUACUGGGGUUUUCACAGUCACUUCAGCAGAGAAGCAGAGCACCUGUACCACACCCUUGAGUCCUCCUACCAAAAGGCCCUGCAGUCCCACCUGAAGAACUCCGACAGCAUCGUGUCUCUGCCGCAGUCUGACCGCUCAUCCUCCAGCUCUCAGGAGAGUCUGAACCGACCGCUCUCUGCCAAAAGAAGUCCUACUGGAAGCACCACCUCUAGAGCUACUACAGUUAGUACCAAAUCCGUGUCAACGACUGGGUCCCUCCAGCGGUCUCGAAGUGAUAUUGACGUGAAUGCAGCAGCCAGUGCCAAGUCUAAAGUGUCUUCGGCCUCGGGCGCUACGCCUUUCAGCUCUGCAGCGGCCUUGCCUCCUGGGUCAUACGCAUCCUUAGAGUCCAGACACGUGAGGGAAGAUACGGAGUCCGUAGGCCUUGACGCAGACGGUACUUCCACUAAAGCGGAGGGUCGGAUCCGCACGAGACGGCAGAGUUCCGGGAGCGCCACCAAUGUUGCCACCACACCUGACAAUCGAGGCCGCAGUCGCGCCAAAGUGGUUUCACAGUCCCAGCGAUCCAGAUCUGCUAAUCCUGCUGGUGCUGGCAGCCGGUCAAGUUCCCCAGGGAAAUUGUUGGGAAGUGGUUAUGGUGGCCUUGCUGGGGGUUCCUCAAGAGGCCCACCUGUGACCCCCUCUUCGGAAAAACGAAGCAAGAUUCCCAGGAGUCAGGGAUGUAGCCGAGAAACAAGUCCAAACCGAAUAGGAUUAGCACGGAGCAGCCGUAUCCCUCGACCCAGCAUGAGUCAGGGGUGCAGCCGUAAUACCAGCUGUGAGAGCAGCCGCGAUACGAGCCCCGCUCGGGGCUUUCCUCCACUCGACCGGUUUGGGCUUGGCCAGGCAGGAAGAGGACCUGGCUCUGUGAAUGCCAUGCGAGUUCUGAGCACGAGUACAGACCUUGAGGCUGCUGUUGCUGAUGCUUUGCUGUUAGGAGACUCCAGGAGCAAGAAGAAGCCUGUGAGGAGGAGGUACGAGCCGUAUGGGAUGUACUCUGAUGACGACGCCAACAGCGACGCCUCAAGUGUUUGCUCUGAGCGCUCGUAUGGCUCCAGGAACGGUGGCAUUCCCCAUUAUCUGCGGCAGACCGAGGACGUGGCGGAAGUUCUCAACCACUGUGCCAGUUCCAACUGGUCAGAAAGGAAAGAAGGGCUCCUAGGCCUGCAGAACUUACUGAAGAGCCAAAGAACACUGAGUCGAGUAGAAUUAAAAAGACUGUGUGAGAUCUUCACCCGAAUGUUUGCUGACCCUCACAGCAAGGUUUUCAGUAUGUUUUUGGAGACUCUUGUGGAUUUUAUAAUAAUUCAUAAGGAUGACUUGCAAGACUGGCUUUUUGUUCUUCUCACACAAUUACUUAAGAAAAUGGGAGCAGACUUACUUGGAUCUGUGCAGGCAAAGGUUCAGAAGGCUCUAGAUGUAACCAGGGACUCCUUUCCGUUUGAUCAGCAGUUUAACAUUUUGAUGAGAUUUAUUGUGGAUCAAACUCAAACUCCUAACCUCAAGGUCAAAGUUGCAAUCCUGAAGUACAUUGAGUCCCUCGCUCGGCAGAUGGAUCCAACAGAUUUUGUAAACUCUAGUGAGACGAGGCUUGCUGUUUCUAGAAUUAUAACCUGGACGACAGAACCAAAGAGUUCAGACGUGAGAAAGGCAGCACAAAUUGUGCUGAUCUCUCUGUUUGAAUUGAACACUCCUGAAUUUACCAUGUUACUUGGUGCCUUGCCAAAAACAUUCCAGGAUGGUGCCACCAAACUCCUGCAUAACCACCUCAAGAAUGCUAGUAACACCAGUGUGGGCUCUCCGAGCAAUACAAUUGGCCGAACUCCCUCCCGACACACCAGCAGCAGGACCAGCCCCCUGACCUCACCCACCAACUGUUCCCAUGGGGGCCUAUCUCCCAGUCGGUUGUGGGGUUGGAGUGCUGAUGGCCUUUCGAAGCACCCACCUCCCUUUUCUCAGCCCAACUCCAUUCCCACCGCUCCCUCCCACAAGACUCUCAGGCGCUCUUACUCUCCCAGCAUGCUGGAGUAUGAUACAGAGAACCUGAACUCUGAAGAAAUUUAUAGUUCUCUGCGUGGAGUUACAGAAGCCAUUGAAAAAUUUAGUUUUCGAAGCCAAGAGGAUCUGAAUGAGCCAAUUAAACGAGAUGGCAAGAAGGAAUGUGAUAUUGUGUCCCGUGAUGGUGGAGUUGCCUCGCCUGCCACUGAAGGCCGGGGCGGCAGCGAUGUGGUGGAGGGAGGCAGAACAGCUCUGGAUAACAAGACGUCCCUCCUCAACACCCAGCCUCCCCGUGCCUUCCCAGGGCCCCGGGUGCGAGACUACAAUCCGUACCCCUACUCCGACACCAUCAACACCUAUGACAAGACAGCCCUGAAGGAGGCCGUGUUUGAUGAUGACAUGGAGCAGCUUCGAGAUGUGCCCAUUGACCAUUCGGACUUGGUGGCUGACCUUCUGAAAGAGCUGUCCAACCACAACGAGCGAGUGGAGGAGCGGAAAGGCGCCCUGCUGGAGCUGCUCAAGAUCACGCGCGAGGACAGCCUGGGCGUGUGGGAGGAGCACUUCAAGACCAUCCUGCUCUUGCUGCUGGAGACGCUUGGGGACAAAGACCAUUCCAUCCGAGCACUAGCACUGAGGGUUUUACGAGAAAUUCUGAGGAACCAGCCAGCAAGAUUUAAAAACUACGCCGAGCUGACCAUUAUGAAGACUCUGGAAGCCCAUAAAGAUUCCCAUAAGGAGGUAGUGAGAGCAGCCGAGGAGGCGGCAUCCACGCUGGCCAGCUCCAUCCACCCAGAGCAGUGCAUCAAAGUCCUUUGUCCCAUCAUCCAAACAGCCGACUACCCUAUCAACCUCGCCGCCAUCAAGAUGCAGACCAAAGUCGUCGAGAGGAUCGCCAAGGAGUCCUUGCUGCAGCUCCUCGCUGACAUCAUCCCAGGCUUGCUACAGGGCUAUGACAACACUGAAAGCAGUGUACGUAAGGCCAGCGUGUUUUGCUUAGUGGCAAUUUAUUCCGUAAUUGGAGAAGAGCUGAAACCUCACCUCGCGCAGCUCACGGGGAGCAAGAUGAAACUACUAAACUUAUAUAUAAAGAGGGCCCAAACCACGAACAGCAACAGCAGCUCCUCCUCCGAUGUGUCCACACACAGCUAAUGCAGCUAAUGGCAGCACCAGAGUCUCUUCGUGUAGCCCUAGAAGCAAUCGGUGGUGCCUCUCAGAGACCCUCCCCGACCCUCCCCCUCAUCGGCUGCCCAGUCAGUACAAGGAGGCCCGCAAAUAUUUAUUACAAUCAGUAUUUUGGUCCCUUUCAGCUUUUGUGUAGAAUCUUACUGGUAUUGAAUGUAAAGGAAGCAAGGCCAGUGUUACAAUCUUCAUACAAAGCAAACGGAAUAAGAAAAGAGCCGUACGUAAACACAUCUUGUACAGUCUGCUGAGAUCACAAAACCAUGUGUGUGGGGCGCAGUUUCAAAAAAAUCAGAGGCCUCUAGCCAAUACUUGGUAGAAAGUAGCAUUUUCUCUUAGUUAAUAACAUCGGAGGAGGGUAUGUUAAUUUGUGCUUCUCUCUCAUCCUCGCUUACUUCCUUCUGGAUACGGCCCGUGAUGCCAGGACAGGGUCGUACGUCUUUGAGUUGUACUGUGAGACCUACUAAGAAUGUGAGUCCAGUCUUGGCAAGAAAGAGAGAAAAGCCUGAAGACAGUCUUUUAACAACCACGUGGGAUUUUGCUUGUACACGAUCUAGACUGGAGGCCCAGGGCCCCCUCCACAGGCUCUUUCCAGGACGGGCUCCCCACCGCUCCGAACACCCCACUCUCACUAUCCCCACCCGGAGCCUCCAGUUGAAAUCUUUCUUCUGUUUCAAUCCAAACUCAAAAAUCAAGGUAAAUCUGUAACAGCCAUCAUGGGUGCCUAAUGUUGCAUUUCAUGAAGCGUGGAAGGUACAAGAGAAGGUGUGUGUGUGUGUGUGUGUGUGUGUGUGUGUGUGUGUGCUCCUCAGCUCUUGGGGAGACACUAUGUUAACAGGCCUCCGCCUUGACCCUGGUGCUUGGUGGUUUGGAUUUUCGGAUUUAGCGCCAUCUCAUUUCCUCCCCGGCAGCCUCUGCCUAGGCUGCUCAGUUCUGAAGCAUUCUCCGUCAGUCUGGUAAAAGGCGACGCGGUCAUCCCAGUUUUGCCUUCUCGGUUUAAUUUAAGAGUAAAAGCAAAGCAAAGUCCAGAGAAGCCAAGUAUCAGAAUCUUUUUUUUUUUUUUAAUUUUAUGAAUAUAAGUACUUCCUUGCUCAUCUGUUGAAAUAAUCCUUGUUUAAGGAUAAAGUAGUUUAGCGGCUGGCAAAUUGCAGAAAAAGAGAAUUUGAAACCCAGUUUUAAAGUCUGUUUCCUUUUCUCCAGUGAGAAAUUAUCAGAGAAACUACCCUUCUGGAAAUAUUUUCUUAAGGGUAUGAUUGCUCCAGUAAAAGGAGCUCUAGACUUGGAAUCUGGUUAAAUCCAUUUUGAGGAAAAUUCUCAAAGCCAAAUGGAAAUCCUUGAUGCCAUCACAAAGACUUCUGUCCUCUGUCCAAAAGGAACUGUUUUUUUUCUCCGAAAAAUGCCUACUCUGGUAUUUUUUCAUGAGGUGUUCACUAUUCCAAUGCUGAAUCCCCUGCGAGCAGCACCACUGAGACACAUGUAGGGUCACCAUGGACAUCUCUAGACGCUCCCCUGCUCUGGCCCUGUGGCCUUGUGGCCUUGUGUUGGAAGUUGUGAUACUAUAGCACACAUAAACUCAGUUUCAUUCAGAAUUUAUUUUAGAUACUUGAUUUGGAGCUAGGCACUGAAAAUGAAGGUCCAGGAACAGUGAAGCCAGGGUGCCUUCAUAGAGAGCGUGUGUGUGUGUGUGUGUGUGUGUGUGUGUGUGUGUGUGUUUAUAGAGGUCUCUCGCACAUGGAGGGAAGUACCCCCCACCGCUGCUGUUGAAGGAACUUCAGGCAUGCAUUUUAAGUGGUUGAAUAUUGACUUAUUUUUGGCUCAGAACAUAGCAGGACCAGGCCUUACUUUCAUUGAUAAAUACCGUUUGUUAAUAUUUCACUAAUGGGAUUUCCUUUUUACAAUCGACAAGUGAGUCAGGGCACCUUUUGAUCACUCCUCUGUCUUAGAAAUGUGCGAUCUGGUGAGGUUAUUUAUGAGUUCUUUCACACCUGAUGCAUUUGAAAAGGCCUUCCUCCUUCAAAUCUCUGACUCCCUGGUCUCCCGGCCCCGCCGCCUGCAGUUGGGAAGAACCUUAAACAUUGCCGAAUGUCCUCCUAGUACUCACAAAGGGCUAGCCUUGAAUGUCACUUCCCCGAUUCAGUCUCCCCACCUAGAGAUGCAAUCACGGACAGGUCUCUUGGCUCAGUCAAAACUGCUGCCCUGGCCAGGGAGACUUGCAUGCCGCUGCCAGCACCUCACAGGGAGGGAGCCGCACCGACUCCGCCCUCCGAAGCCCGGACAGCAGCCGCGGCUCCGCCUGCCCUCCCUGCAGGCCUCCUUUUGGGCUGAAUCACCACACAGAGCAAAGCACCCAAAACUGCAAAACUGUGUUUGCUGCCCCUGUUUACUGGACCGUCCAGGACCCCGAAGAGCCCACCCGAGCCUCUCUCCCGCUGGGGCCGGCUUCCCUCCUGGCUCCCGCUUCUUCCCACGGUGCGGCCCGCAGGCUGAGGCUGCGGGUGGGCACCAGCUUCCUCCGAGUACACUGUGUGUGCUUCGCUGGACCGGCGCGCGGACGGCCCGGGACUGCCACUCUGUGGCCCCCCACCGGCUUCUCCCUGUGCAGGUGAUGCAACCGAUUCUGGUCUCAUCAGUCUUUUUCUUUCCCUGCCGCCCUUUAUUUAUCAAGCAUACUACUACACGUUAACAGCAAAUAAGAACUUUGUAGAAUCCCACCAGGACUUUGCUAACAAUGAUGUUUGGAAAUGAAAACAACGCUCGGAAAACUCUCAGCCACCACAAUAGUUUUGUUGGCGCUGUGUUCACACGCAUGGUCCCCACACCCCCAGGUUGGGUUUUUUGGGUUUUGUUUUUGUUUUUUGGGGGCUUUUCAUGUUACAUCCAUAUCUGUAUUUAUAUCUUAUUUGUUUCACUUUCAAGUGUAUCAUGGCAAAUGUACAGAUUUUUUUGUUAAUAAUGUGCUAGGAUUUGCUAAAAAAGAAAACAAACAAAAAAAACCCCUUUUGAGUUUGCCCUAGAAUAAAUGAAACUUAAUUCA